CAGCAACGCUUCACACACUUCCAAGCAACACAUCUCCCCUCCCAAUCGAGCAACACGCCGACAAACCUAUCCCACCCACUAUCUGCAGAUACACACACUCGUCUCUUCGUGCAUGACCAGGCGCACCCUUCUGUUCAUCAUUGUAGCACUCCGAGGCCAGAUCCAUACUCAACAGCAGCAGCAGGUGUUUCGUGUGUCUUCCACGCUCCAAGCUGCUUUAAUCACCUGAACUGUUCCACGCGGCGGCAUCUCGCCACCUUUGUGUGGAUCGUCGCGCGACCGCAUUCCGAGCACGCCGAGGCUCCUCUCGCUAGCCGAUCUGGCGACUCUUGCGUUUUCGGAACCAGCGCCGUCGAUCUUCCGUUCGUCAGAAGCCGCACCGCUUUCAUCCACCGCACCUGGCGGCGGCUUUUCCGUCCCCCGCGGGGGUUUCACCCCGGGCCUUUUUUCCACGUCAUCCGCCGCUGCGCCGAUGGACUUUCGCGGCCAGGCGGAGAUGGGGGGAUCGGGCGGGGGCGAGGGGGCGCGGUCGGCGCUUCCUCUGCUCAACUUCGGCAUGGCGUCGUCGGGGCUGAUGGGGUCGUCGGACCUCAUGGGGUCGGCGCCCGCCAACACCGGCGACGCGUCGCUCAGCAUGAUGGUGGGCCACGCCGCCUUCCAGCCGCAGCCUUCCAGCAACUCCCUGCCGCCGCCGCUUAACACCACGCAGCAGCAGCAGCAGCAGCAGCAGCAGCAGCAGCAGUACCAUCAGCAGCAGUACCACGCGAGUCAGCAGCAGCAAGGGGCGCUCAACUCUUUGCAGCUCUCAGCGGCCUCCAUCGCGUCGCUCCUCGGCACCUCCGACUCCGCUGCCAUGGCCGGACCUGGCGGAGCCCCCGGAUCGGGGCCGUUGGGCGGGGCGGCGGGGAAGGGGUCUAUGGAGGGAGGAGCGUCUUCGGCGGAGGAGCGGCGCAACGGCGGCUCGCUCUCGCUCGUCCCAAACAACGCCUCGCGCACACCGCCGCCGAUGGCUUCCCCUGGCGUGGGCCACGCGGGCCAAUCUCAACCCGCGGGCGCGGGCGCGUUGAAAGGGGAGAACGGCGCGGGCGGCCCUGCGGCGGGCGCGGGCAGCGCAGGGGUGGUGGCGCGCAGCGACGGAAGCGAUGGGGAGCAGGGCGGCGGCAGCGGCCGCGACGAGCACGAGCACGAGCAGGGCGGCGACGACGGCGCGGACGACGGCAUGGGAAUGGACGGCGCGGGCCGGCCCGUGGGCAUGCGGAGCGGGGGUCGCGUGGGGUCGAGCCGGUACGAGUCGCAGAAGCGGCGCGACUGGAACACGUUCGGGCAGUACCUGAAGAACCACCGGCCGCCCGUGGCGAUGUCGCGGUGCAGCCCGCAGCACGUGGUGGAGUUCCUGCGGUACCUGGACCAGUUCGGCAAGACCAAGGUCCACGCCGACCACUGCCAGUUCUACGGCCUCUCCGGCCCGCACCCCUGCGCGUGCCCCAUGAAACAGGCGUGGGGCAGCCUCGACUCGCUCAUCGGCCGCCUGCGCGCCGCCUACGAGGAGAACGGCGGCAAGCCCGAGAACAAUCCCUUUGCCGCGCGCAUCGUGCGCGUGUACCUGCGCGACACGCGCGAGCAGCAGGGCAAGGCGCGCGGCAUGUCGUACGAGAAGAAGAAGCGCAAGCGCCAAGGCGCGCAGCCGCAGGCGCCGCCGCCCAGCCAGCCGCAGGCGAUGGUCGGCGGGGCGGAGGAGGGCGGGCGGGGCGCGGACGGCGGCAGCAGCAGCAAGGACCAGGUGGGCACGUUCUCCCCGCCCGCCGUGGAAAGCGGCGUGAGGCACGGGCAGAACGACGCGACCGUUGGUGGUAGAGGCUCAGCGGGCGGCGGGGGAGGAAUGGGCGCGGGGAGCCUGCAAGAGCAGCGCGGACUGGGGCACCUGCUGGGGCCGGGGGGAAACGCGCUGAUGCCCAUGGGGGGAGGGCAGGGUGCAACUGGCAACCUUCAGCAGGCACAGCAGCCAUCCUCGCUGCUAUCUCUCCCGUUACAAGGCCAGCAGCACCAGCAGCAGCACCAGCAGCAGCAACAGCAGCAGCGCAUGGGGGAGGCGCAUCAGGGGGCAGGGCAGCAGGGGCAGGGGGGGCAGGGGCUGUUGGAGCAGUUCAACGCGACGCUGCGCAACCAGCUGGCACUGCAGCACGCGCUGCAGGGGCAGGGGCAGGCGCAGGCGCAGGGGCAGGUGGGGCUGGGCGAGCUGAGCGGGUCGUCGCUGCUGGAGCUGGUGCAGCUGGUGGGGGGGGGUGGGCAGGCGCAGCAGCAGCCACGGCAGCAGCAGCAGCAGCAACCACAACUGCUGCAGCAACAACCGCAGCACCAUCAGCAGCAACCACUGCAGCAGCAGCAGCAGCAGCAGCAGGGCGGCGGUCUGAGUCAGGUGCUGAGUCGUCUGCUGAUGGGGCAGGGCCCUGCUGCCCCCGGUGCAUCGGACCUGCUGGGGCAGGUGGCGGGGCUGCAGGGGCUGCCGCCUGAGGCCAACCUGUUGGGGCAGCUGCUGCUGUCGCAGGCGCUGGGGGGAGGGGCCACCGCCAUGCACUCUGGCAAGCCCUUGGGGGGUGGGGCGAUGGGGGGUAUGGGCAACAGCGGUGGGGGAGUAGGGAUGCAGAACGGCAGUGGUGGGCGAGGCGGCAUGAGUGGAGGCACGGAGUAGGGCGGGUGGCCUGAUGCGGGCAUUCUUGUGCUGCUUCAAGUCAGCCACAUGCCCGUCCUGCACCAUCAUGCCUUGUCUCUGGCCAUCCAUCCCUACCUCCAUCUAAUUGGGCGUAGGCUGUUAUCUUGGAUUGUUAGCUGUGUUGCUCCUAGUCUUGGUGUUCCUUCCUAGCAUCCAAUAAAGUAGCUUAUGUUUCUUACGGCAAGUGCAUUGGAGAUUUAUGCAGACUACAUGUUUUGAAACUUAGU